UGGAGCUUAGGAGACGUCAGAGUUUGCUGCUGCUGCAGUAGACUCAACUCAACUUCACCUAUACUUCUAGGCGCAAGAAUGUCAACUAGGACGUCCCAAAGGAGAGAUUAUCACAUUGUUGUCUUAGGCGCGGGCGGAGUGGGCAAAAGUUGCCUCACAGCCCAAUUCGUCCAGAAUGUGUGGAUCGAGAGCUAUGAUCCGACUAUUGAGGAUUCAUAUCGGAAACAGAUCGAAGUUGAUGGCCGCCAAUGCAUGUUAGAGAUAUUAGACACUGCUGGUACAGAACAGUUCACUGCGAUGAGAGAGUUAUACAUGAAGACUGGACAGGGAUUUCUCCUCGUCUUUUCCAUCACGAGCCAGAGCAGUCUAGCCGAGCUUUCAGAACUCCGAGAUCAGAUCAUCCGAAUCAAGGACGAUGAGAAUGUCCCUAUCGUUAUUGUAGGAAACAAGUCGGAUUUAGAGGAGGAUCGUGUAGUGACUAGGUCGCGAGCCUUUGCUGUGUCGCAGAGCUGGGGAAAUGCACCAUAUUAUGAGACAUCCGCAAGGAGGAGGGCUAACGUGGACGAAGUGUUCGUGGAUCUAUGUAGGCAAAUCAUAAGGAAAGAUAACACGACUAGCUCGAGUUUGGAAGAAGAGUAUCGUAAGAGACGCGGCCACGACAAACAUGGCCGAGGGCCUAAAGGUCCUAAAUCCGGUUCCAGUAGACAUGGACACGGGCAUGGUCAUGGGGGAAGAAAGCAUUGCAUUAUAUUAUGAUGACAUUUGGGCCGUUUUCGAUCGAAGUGUGAUGGAGGUUAUGGGGCUGAAGUCAAGCUCUGGAUGGAAGGGCGUACUGGGCGGCGCUAGGCAUUCUUGUUCAAAAUUGAAGGGAACAUUGGAGUGGCGUUUUUGCAUGGGUAUGGCGGAGUGUGCAAAAUAGACUUUCCGAUCUUGCAGGAUAUUCUCAUAUCCUCAAAUUGAUCUGGGAUUUGUUUCGAGAUAGAUACAGGCCACAAAACUUCUUGUGAUGGAGUGUGGAAGGAGAAUCAUUAGACCGUUGGUACAGCGAUAUGGACCUUUGUUGUAUAUAAGCGAGACAAUCUGGAACUGUCAGAAAUUAAGUUGGCUAUGGUUCAAGACUUCGACUAGCCUGCUCUGCCAAUACCUUUGCGGCUUGUACAUAUGGCUAUGCUCGACUUACAUCGUCC